AUGCCUGGACCCAGAGGAAAUCCGUUAAUUGGAAUCGGCACCAGCUUACCUCCAAAGGCGCAUAUCCGCUUUCGAGAAUGGGCCGCUACGUAUGGCGAUGUUUUCAAGUUGAAGGUUGGCUGGUAUAAUUGGGUGAUCAUCAACAGCCCAGAAGCGAUACACGAAAUCCUGAUUAAACAGUCCUCAAGUACUUCGUCUAAAAUGCCUGCUCCUAUUGGACAUGAUGUAGUCGCCGGUGGGAUGCGGAUGUUUACCUUGCCGUACGGAAGCAAGUGGCGCGCCUUUCGUACCAUCUCACACCAACUUCUCUCAAGUACAAUGACAGCCACGUUUAUCCCAUCUCAGGAGUAUGAGGCCAAGCAGCUACUCUUCGACUUGGCAACGGAUCAGAACGACUUUCUCAUGCACGUACGCCGCUUCGCCUUUAGCAUCAUGCUGACUAGUACUUACGGCUUACGCGUAAAGACGUGGGAUGAUGAGGAUGUACAUCAUGCUUUGGAGAGCGCCCGCAUUCUUGGCAAAAUAACCCAUGCGGGUGUAUUCAUCGUUGACGAGCUGCCCAUCUUGGCACAACUUCCUACGUGGCUGCAACCGGGGAGAAAGCGGGCAGAGGGCUACGCAAAGCCGCUACUUGAUGCUAAGAUGAUACUCUGGCGAAGAUUACAAGAGCAGGUCACUGCUGGAAAAGCACCGGUGUGUCACGCACGCGAGAUGAUGGAGAACGACGACUCGUGGCGGAAACAGGGGCUCACAGACGAAGAUGCGGCUUGGGUUGCUGGCGGUAACGUAGAGGCUGGAUCAACAACAACAUCAGUUACGCUGUUGAGCUUGCUAUUACACCUCGCAGCAAGCCCCGACGUCCAAAAAACCGCCCACGACGAACUUAUGCGCGUCGUAGGACCUGAUCGCACCCCUAUCUUCGAUGACAUAAAGAACCUCCCUUACAUCCGCGCCUGUGUUAAGGAGGUUCUACGCAUGCACCCUACCCCUUUCUGGGGAAUCAAGCAUUACGCUGAUGCCGACGUUACUUACAAGGACUAUGUUAUUCCCAAAGGCACUAUACUGCUAGCCAACACGAGCACCAUCCACUACGAUCCAUCUCGUUACGAAGACCCGUUCACGUUCCGCCCCGAGCGUUACCUCGGUCACCCCAAAUACAGCGCUGACUACGCCAACCAAAGCGACCCGUACAAACGAGACCACUUCACCUUCGGCGUAGGACGGCGCAUCUGCCCCGGCUCCCGCCUCGCCGAGAAUUCUCUUAACAUCGCGCUGUCAAACAUUCUAUGGGCGUUCGAAAUCCGCCCGCCCGUAGUCGACGGCGUUGAGGCCAAAAUGGACCUGAGCGACGACGCCUGGGAGAACACGAGUUUCCGCGGGCCGAAACCUUUCGAGGCUCGGUUCGUGCCGCGUGCCGAACGUAGAUCGAAGCUUGUCCAGGACCAGUGGCAGCAAGCUAUGAAGGAAGGAUAUGUGCUCAGGGGUAACAACGUUGAUGUCGAUAGCGUUGUGACAUAUUAA